AGCAAGAGGGGCAGUGUGUGUGUGUAUGUGUGUGUGUGUGCUGGGUCCCAAACUGGAAACCACUACCAAAAAGCACACACGCGCGCAAUUCACGUCGACUUUUAAGCCCUCCGGACGGGUUGUCGGCACUACUUUUUACAGGGAGCUGCGAAAACCCGCCACGGAGAGCCUGAAACUUGCGUGAAUGUUUUUUCUUCUUCUGUGGUAGCGGCAGUGCUGUUGCGCCGCGCCGCCGACUGCUCUGUUACUUGAGUGGAUUCAUUGGUUGGAGCAGCAUUGCGCAUUGGCCCCGCUGUGUAUCCACCGCUUAUCCAGAGUGGAAAGGAGGGAAAAAAUGAAGAACUAAACGUCUUAUCGCAGAGUUAAAUCCUUUCAAAGUGUCAUUUUGUCUCGCGCCUUCUCAGUCCCUCGCGUUCAUUUUUUUCUCGUCCUGUGUGGGAUGAGUCGGCUGCUGUAGGAUCCCGCUUGUUGACAAACAGUUUUUUAACAAGAAGUUUACAACAAGCCUCGGAGACAAGAAGACAGAAAAUGUCCACGCCGAGGUUCAAAAAGGAUAAAGAAAUCAUCGCGGAUUACGAGAGUCAAGUCAAAGAGAUCCGGGCCCAGCUGGUGGAGCAGCAGAAAUGUCUGGACCAGCAGACAGAGAUGAGGGUCCAGCUGCUGCAGGACCUCCAGGACUUCUUCAGGAAGAAGGCGGAGAUUGAGAUGGAAUACUCCAGAAACCUGGAGAAGCUGGCUGAGCGCUUCAUGGCAAAGACUCGCAGCACCAAGGAUCACCAGCAGUACAAGAAAGACCAGAACCUGCUGUCCCCGGUCAACUGCUGGUAUCUGCUGCUGAACCAGGUGAGGAGGGAGAGUAAGGACCACGCCACACUGAGCGACAUCUACCUCAACAACGUCAUCAUGAGGUUCAUGCAGAUCAGUGAGGACUCCACACGGCUACUGAAGAAGAGCAAGGAAAUCGCCUUUCAGCUCCAGGAAGACUUAAUGAAGGUCCUAAAUGAAUUAUACACAGUGAUGAAGACCUACCACAUGUACCACUCGGAGAGCAUCAGUGCCGAGAGCAAGCUGAAGGAGGCUGAGAAGCAAGAGGAGAAGCAGAUCGGCCGGGGAGAUCCAGUCUUCAGCAUCCGGAUGGAGGACAAAUACCAGAGGCGCAGCUCUGUGAAGAAGAUAGAGAAGAUGAAAGAGAAGCGCCAAGCCAAGUACUCCGAAAACAAGCUGAAGUCGAUCAAAGCGAGGAACGAGUACCUCCUGACACUGGAAGCGUCAAACUCCUCCGUUUUCAAAUACUACAUCCACGACUUGUCGGACAUAAUUGAUUGCUGUGAUUUGGGGUACCACGCCAGUCUGAACCGGGCCCUGAGGACCUACCUGUCAGCCGAAUACAACCUUGAGACGUCACGGCACGAGGGUCUUGACAUUAUAGAGAACGCCGUGGACAGUCUAGACCCUCGCAGUGACCGACAGAGGUUCAUGGAAAUGUACCCCACGGCUUUCUGCCCACCAACAAAAUUUGAGUUCCAGUCUCACAUGGGAGAUGAGGUGUGUCAGAUCUCAGUGCAGCCACAGGUGAACGGAGAGCUCAUCCUGAGGUUCCAGCAGCUUCAGUCUCGCCUGGCUACUCUAAAGAUUGAGAACGAAGAGAUCAAGAAGACGUCAGAGGCCACCCUGACAACCAUCCAGGACAUGGUGACCAUUGAAGACUACGACGUGUCCGAGUGUUUCCACCACAGCCGAUCCACGGAGUCGGUCAAGUCCACCGUGUCAGAGACGUACCUCAGCAAACCCAGCAUCGCCAAGAGGAGGGCCAACCAGCAGGAGACUGAGCAAUUCUACUUCAUGAAAUUCCGGGAGUUUCUGGAGGGCAGUAAUCUCAUCUCCAAACUGCAGGCCAAACAUGACUUGCUGAAGAGGACUCUUGGUGAAGGCCACAGAGCUGACUACAUGACCACAAGACAUCCCAAUGGGCCGCUCAAAACCCACACCGGCACCCGGCGGGCUAGACCCCGCUCCGUUUUUAAUGUUAGGUUAUUUAAUGGCAAUUUGGAGUCAUUUAUCAAGGACUCUGGACAAGCUAUCCCUCGUGUGGUUGAAAGCUGUAUUCGCUACAUAAAUUUGUAUGGCCUUCAACAUCAAGGAAUAUUUCGUGUUUCUGGGUCCCAGCUGGAAGUCAAUGACAUCAAGAACUCAUUCGAAAGAGGAAACGACCCCCUGACGGAUGAUGAGAACAAUCAUGACAUCAACUCGGUGGCUGGUGUUCUCAAACUUUACUUCCGUGGUCUGGAGAACCCUCUCUUCCCCAAAGAGAGGUUCAAUGAUCUGCUGUCCUGCAUCAGAAUAGAGAACCUGUAUGAGAGAGCGCUGUACAUCCGCAAGAUCCUCCUGACCAUUCCCAGAUCAGUCCUCAUCGUCAUGCGCUACCUCUUCGCCUUCCUCAACCACCUGUCCCAGUACAGUGACGAGAACAUGAUGGACCCGUACAACCUGGCCAUAUGCUUCGGCCCCACGCUCAUGCCCACACCAGACACCCAGGACCAGGUCUCCUGCCAGGCCCACGUCAACGAGAUCAUCAAGACCAUCAUCAUCCACCAUGAAACCAUCUUUCCUGAUGCCAAAGAACUGGACGGGCCCAUCUAUGAGAAGUGUAUGGCUGGAGGAGACUAUUGUGAGAGCCCAUACAGCGAGCAUGGAGCCCUGGAGGAAGUAGAAAACGAGGGAGGGACGGAGACACACACCAGUGAGGACGAGGGCGAGCCCAUUGAAGCCAUUGCCAAGUUUGACUACGUUGGGCGCUCCUCCCGAGAGUUGUCCUUCAAGAAGGGCGCCUCCCUGCUGCUGUAUCAGCGGGCGUCAGAAGACUGGUGGGAGGGACGCCACAACGGCAUCGAUGGCCUGGUGCCACACCAGUAUAUUGUGGUCCAAGACAUAGAUGACAACUUCUCAGACACUCUGAGUCAGAAGGCUGACAGCGAAGCCAGCAGCGGCCACGCUGGAGAUGAUAAAUGCUCGGGAAAAGACAUCGGCUCGCCCUCUGACACCAGGAUCUCUGAGGCCUAUAUUACCAGCAGGCACAAGAAAAGAUCAGAGCCUCCGUCUCGGCGGCCCCCUGCCCGCCCCUCUGACGUCCACUGCAUGGUGCAUCCGUCCCAGCACGGUCACGGGGGACAUGGAGGCACCCCAGAGAUGGGCUCCCCAGUCCUGGGCCACUUCAGCCCACGGGACAUGCUGCGGAGUCGCAACCACAUGCCAAUGGACAGCCCCGAACGCCGCCGCCGCACCGGCCACGGCAGUCUGACUAACAUCAGCCGCCACGAGUCGCUGAAGAAGAUGGAGAGCCCCCCGAUCCGCCGCUCCACCUCCUCAGGCCAGUACACGGGCUUCACCGACGCCCACCACCACCACCACCACGGCGGCAAGCCCCUGGAUCCGGAGACCAUCGCACAGGACAUAGAAGAAACUAUGAACACUGCUCUGAAUGAGCUACGUGAGCUGGAGCGCCAGAGCUCAGCCAAGCACGCCCCCGACGUGGUGCUGGACACCCUGGAGCAGCGGCAGACCUCCGGCGGCAGUGGCGGGGGACCCACACCGGCCAGCUCCAGCGAGUCCCUCAGCCCCAUCCACGGCGUCAUGCUGAGGUCCACCGCCAACACCGAGCCGCCCAUCCGCCGCAGCACCAGCUCCUCCAGCGAUACCAUGAGCACCUUCAAGCCUCUGGUAGCGCCGCGCAUGGGGGUGCAACUCAAACCCCCUGCCUUGAGGCCCAAGCCCAUGGUCCUGCCCAAGUCCAACCAGGCCUCACAGCCUCAACCAACAUCUCCUCAGGACCCUCUGGACAAGUCCUGCACCAUGUAACCUCUGGGGACAGGAACCAGAGAUGUAAAACAAAAACUCUCACUCAACUUCCAGGAGGCUGCAAAAAUGCUGCCUCUGUAAAGUCUUCACAGACAUACAACAUAUAAUAUCCAAGAGCGUGUAAAAUACAUGGAGCUGCACAGGAAAAGAUGUUUCCUGGUGGUGUUUUGAUCAUAAAGAGGACUCUGACAGUAUCUGAGAGACUCAUGUAGGAGUGUUACAGUGGUGACAGAUUGUCUGUCUCAAUAACAUGCACAGCUAUGUGUUAAUAUGCUUAGGUUAAUAUUAUCUAACAAAAGUCUUUUUUUUAUUUUUAAAGAAAUUCAAACAACAAAUCACAAAGGCUUCCUUUAAGAAAAAUGUACACUAGUUACUUUAGUUUACAGACAUUCAUGAACUGUUGUAAGAAAACACGCUGCAUGUAGCUCCUCUGUUUACCACUGAAGCUGAAACGGAGCUUGAGUGACCACAGUGGCAUUCUCACACAUAGAAGUAGAAUAUUUUUUGCUCUUACCUAGGAGGGCCCAUUGUUUAAAGGCCUUAUUGACUUUGAGAUGUAACUGAAUUCACAUGUUAAAUAUUCUAAAGGUGCUGUGACUACCUGGACAGGAAUGGUUUGAAGGUUGGACUGAUGACGGGCCUGAAGAGCCCUUAACAACUAACGGUACUUUGUUAAUAGAUAAUAGUACUGAUAGGGGUGUGCUUUCUUCACUAGCGUGUAAACUCUGCAAAUUUCUUUGGCAAGUCUGUUGUGUCUCAGAAAUGUACAAAGAUCACCUCUGUGCUGGAUUCACUCAUUUAUUUUAACGUAUUUUUCCAUAUUGCCUGGAAAAACAUAUGACUAUUGGAUAAAACCACUACUGCAUUCUUAAAUUCCUGCAUCAUUAACUCGCGAUGCAGGCAUGAAAUAUGCCUCAUAAUAACUUAUGCCUUUGCAUCAAGUGGGGAGCAGUGUGAAAAAUUCUGAUGACAAAUCAUCUCCUACCUACAGUAUAUCCAACACAUAUGCUAUUAUCAGGUGUGCCGUAGCUUCUUCUUACGCCUCGCUUGGCUUUAUCUACCCAAAGACAUGACUGUACAAGUUAAAAGCAUGGAUGUUGACCCUCCAUAUAUGAUGUAGGCAUUCUUCAUAUUGACUCGUGUAUAGACUCAUGGUGGCGCCCUGUAUGAGCGCCGCCGGUAGCCAUGGACCUAAUGACUGUUAGUGUGAAAGCUUCCUAAUAUGGUCACCCUGCUUCCUGUGCGUCCCUAAAAACAGCUCCUCACUUUCCAGUCUGUUUUAUGUUCAGGUGAAAAUGUCGAUAAUGUGGGUUUUUUUUGUAUUGUUCGCUGACUGAUAUUGGAUGAUGACACCUCUAAAUGCCAGAAAUGUGGUUGAAAACAGGAGGUGAAGAGCCCAUGUGCGUGUGUGUGCAGCUCAAGUAAUAAUUUUAAAUGCAAUAGCCCUAUUAAACUGUAUGUGCCAGAGCUCCAGCUGUGUGACUGCACCCCUCGAUGUGUGUGUGUGUGUUUUUUUUUAAUAACCUGAGUACUGUAGAAAUAACAGAACUGGGUGCAUGUCCUGGGAAUGUUUGGCUAGCAUAUUAACACACAGAAAAGACUUGUUUUGCAAUGAAUAAGUAAUGCUCUCUAACAGCAGGUUUACACGAUCUUUGACUUGACAGAUAUUGUGUGUAUAAUAAUCAAAAAGAUGAUUAAUUUCUGACUUACUAACUUUCAUUAUUUUUGUAAUCAUUUUUGUUAUGUUUCUGGAUAGAAAUGACUUAGAACAAAUUAUGUAGAAUAAGUAUCCAGAGAUAGAGUAUGAAGACAGUUGUAAAAAAAAGAAAAAGAAAGUGUGCUUUUGUCACCAUGUUAUCAUCAACAGUAUGACUCAGUUAUGCUACUCUGUGGUGUUAUGUACAUCUGUAGUAUGUACUUGUGAAAGUGCCUUUGAAAAUGUUUUAGAGGAACUUCAGACAUUCUGUACUGUUGCAUUUUCAUGUCAAAUGCUGUUUUGUUUUGUUUUUUCGAAAAUGCGGUGCAGAAAGAUUAUACAUGAAUAAGUAAUGAUGCCAUUUUCCAAACAGUUAUGACAGAGUUAAUAAUAAAUGAACAGCUUACCCAUUGUGACAUUGCACUUUUAUGUAUAUAACUGUAUAUAUGGCAUGUAACAUCAUUACGUGUAGAGUUCUUUGAGGGAUUAUACCUCCAAGGAGUUCUUUCUAAUAAAGGAAAUAGUUUGUCGAGUC